AUGGUUGCUACUUCUUCAAAUCAUGCAGAGAUAUUAGCCAUUCAUGGAGCAAGUCGAGAAUGUGUGUGGUUAAGAUCACUAACCCAACACAUCCAGGAAACAUGUGGUCUUUCUUUAAAAGGAGAUGCUCCAACAACAUUAUAUAAAGACAAUGCUGCAUGUAUAGCUCAACUAAGAGAAGGAUACAUCAAAGGAGAUAGAACAAAAUAUAUUUCACCUAAAUUCUUCUUUACUCACGAUCUUCAAAAGAAGGGAGAAAUAGAUGUUCAACAAGUUCGUUCCAGUGAUAAUUUAGCAGAUAUGUUCACCAAGGCAUUACCAACUUCAAUCUUUGAGAAGUUGAGAUACAAGAUUGGAAUGCGUCAUCUUCGAGAUAUUAAGUAA